CUGCUUCGUAUGUGGCUCCGGCCCAUGCUUCGUAUGCGGCUCCGGCCCAUGCCUCGUACGCGGCUCCCGCCCCUGCCUCGUACGUGGCUCCGGCCCAUGCACCCGCCACUGCUUGCUCCAGCGCUGCCCCGGCUCCCAUCUACAUCACCAAUGUCCCUGCUCCGGCCCCCACUCACUCCAGCGCCUCAUCCGCUGGCUACUCUUCGUGCUCCAGCAGCAAGGAUGCGUCCUCCUCGACUAUCGACUAUGAGAUUCAGCUGACCGCCACUCUGCACAUCAAUGCCGUCCAGGCAAUCCAUUCGGCCUACGAGACCAACUCCAUCGAAGAGGAGUACUCGAGCUCCGUCGCCGGAUACUCUUCCAGCUCCACCGCAGGUUGCUUGUCCAGCGCUUCCGCUGAAUACGCCUCGAGCUCUGCCGCAGGCUACUCAAGCUCCGCUGCCCCCGCUGCUAGCUGCUCUUCCAGCGCUGCCGCAUACUAUCCUUCCAGCUAUGAUGCCCUCGCCCCUACCAGCUACGCCUCAAGCUCUGCCACUGGUUACUAUUCCAGCGCUGCCCCGGCACCCACCACCUCCGCCGAUGAGUACAGCACCGUGAACUACGUCGUGGCCAGCAUCGUGUACGACAAGAAUCAGGAUUCGUACGAUGAGGACGCUGUGUACAACGAUAAGUACGUUGGCAAGAGCGAGGCCGACAAGAAGGUCGAGCACGUCAUCUACAAGUCGAUCGGCCGCCUGUAAACUUCAGUGUCUGCAAGCCCAAAUUAUUAUUUUUAUGUGGCGGUUUCCAUGUCUCAUAAAAUUUUCAAUAUUCAAUAUUCAAUAUCAAUAUCAUUUUUACAUCUUAAAAUGCACAAGCGGGUAAUAACUUGAAC